CCUGCCUGUUCCCUUCUUCCCCUAGGUGGUUGCCCCCUCCCUCUCCUGAGAUGUCAGGAAGGAGGUGGCGUCCUGCGUCCCCCACAGGGGCUCCCCGGAGCCUGGGGGCCCCCAGCCCUGGAGCUCGGAGGUGGAGGAGGUGCUGACAGGUGCUCAGCGAGAUGCUCCCCCACCCUCAGGCUCCCUCCCCAUCCUCCUACUUUUCCUCCUCCCCAGUGUCCCAAUGGAGCCCCAUCCCCCCACCCUCACCACUGCCCCCAUUUCCAGCCCCUGAGUGGGACCUCUUGUCCCCCCCGAGUAGCUCUGUCGAGGGGUACCCCCACGGGGCCCCCUCUGCUUUUCCUGCUAGAGACUGGGGCCUUCGGGGAGCCAGCCGGCAGCCCAGCCAACCGCAGUCGGCGAGGGGUGAGUGAGACAGCACCAGCGAGUCGCCGGGGAGAGCUGGCUGUGUGUGAUGCAGUCAGCGGCUGGGUGACAGACCGCCGGACUGCCGUGGACCUGCGUGGCCGUGAGGUGGAGGUGCUCGGCGAGGUGCCUGCAGCUGGUGGCAGUCCCCUUCGCCAGUACUUCUUCGAAACCCGCUGCAAGGCUGACAGCACUGGGGAAGGUGGCCCCGGUGGGGAUGGAGGGGGCUGCCGGGGUGUGGACCGGAGGCACUGGAUGUCUGAGUGUAAGGCCAAGCAGUCCUAUGUGCGGGCACUGACCACUGAUGCCCAGGGUCGUGUGGGCUGGCGAUGGAUUCGAAUUGACACUGCCUGCGUCUGCACGCUUCUCAGCCGGACUGGCCGGGCCUGAGGGCCCCUACCCAGGAACUGGGGAGGCAGAGGAAGAGGAGAGCUGGUUGCUGAAAGACCUCAGAGGUGGCCCAGCUGUUGUGGCCUCAGUUUGGGAACUUGUCAAAUGGUCACAAAAAUAACAGCUCUCUGACUUUUGAGAGUUCAAUCUGGGCAAGACAGAUGGUGAACAAAUGGGGUUUUGAAGGAUGAAUAGGAGUUCUUCUGGAUGAACUUGAAGGUAAUGAUGAUGAUGAUGAUGAUAAUAGCCAAUAUUUUGAGUGUGUACUGUUUAUCAGCUCUAAUACACAACUUGUCAGAUCAGCUCUGGUGGAUUUGACCAUUGAAAGCCCUCACCUUCUAAGUUGAUGACCAUGUGAUUUCAGAGGGCAUCACUUCGCCCACCCUGGAGAGCAUAACAAGGAAGGGCUAUGUCAAGAAGAGAAGCAUAAAAACUGGAACAUGUAAGCAAGUAGUUGGGAACUAGGGUUCGAAUGAGACAUCUUACUUGGUCACAUGGGGCAAGUGUUGGCUUAGAAUGUUCUGUGUUGAGGUAGUGAGCCACGCAUCACAGUAAGAGAACAAGCAAAGUUGAUUGAAAGGCAGUCAGGAAGUUUACGAGCCAUUCUUUUCCCAACCUAUAUCCUAUACUCUGAAAGAAACAGAUCUCAACAUUGUCCAGCCUGAGUAGGGCAUGCGGUUUUGACCAUGGGGAUCAGGGGUCAUUUGGACAUAGGUCAGCCUGGAGUGAGCCAGGAAAAUCCAACAGAAGAAGUGGCCCCAGAAGCCUGAAUGAGGGAGUCAGUGGGACUCCGAACCAAGCUGCAGAAGGCAGCCUGUUUUCCCUGUCUGAAGAAUGGGUUAGUGGGAUGAGCUAAUGGGGGCUGAGGAGGCAGAGACAUUAACCAAAAGGGCUUUAAAGUGAGGAAGUGACAAGGGAAGUCAGGGGUAGAACCCACACCCUCAGGACACCCCUUUGUUUAUUACCACACCAUAGCCUCACACCUGUUGCCAACGCGUGCAAACACACACACAUUCUUUUGCCUUUGUUUCUACAUCUCUGUGUUCUAGGUCUGUGGUUCCCACUCUCUUUUCUGCUGCUUCCUUUUCUGUUCAAAUUCCUGUCCCGUCAUCUCUGGGUCAGUAGCACUCUGUCCCUGUUUCUCACUGUCUCACAUGAAUUCUUGUAUGUGUUUCUUUCUUAUUUAUCCAAGCUCUUUCCACACCCCCCUCUUUUUUGUCUACUUCCCUGUGGGUCUUUCCCUCUUCGCCCACCCCCUACCCAGGUGGAAGUUUUCAACCAAAUCAAAGGCAGGCAGGACAGAAGCUGAUGCUGACUCCUCCAGCACGUGCAGGGAGGGCGGGCAAGCCCCAGGGAAGUCUGGAAAUCGUUACCCCCACUCCUUCCCCCCGAAGGUGGGCUGUCCUGGCGGAGGGAGGAGGUGGCCAAGAGGACUGGAUCCCUAAAGGGAUGGGGGGUGUUUUUCCAGGAUUCCCUGAUGCUCUGGGUGGCUCAGUCCUCCCCUUUUGUUCCUCAAUUUCUGGCUCUCUUACAUGCCACCCCCCACCCCAGGUCUCUGUGUCUCAAAACUCUCUAAACUCUAACUUCUCUUUCUUCCUCCUCUCCCCCCGUUUCUGCCCUCCUCUCCCUCUGGGUCUCCCUCACUCCACUUCUCUGAGUUUCUGUACCCCUCUCUCAGAGUCCCUGUCCCUCCAUGCCUGGGUCUCUUUCUCACUUCAUCCAUCCAUCCACAGGCCUGCAGGCCUCUUCAUUGGGUGAGUUCAGGGUGGGCGGGUUCUGUUACCUGGGGCAACAGCAACAACAAGCCUGCUUCUGCUAGGCUACCGGGCGGGAUGGGACCAUGGCGGGUCCGAACUUAGCUCUGCGCUAUGGUCCCCCCUGGUCCCCCAUCUCUGGGACUGAGGUACCUGGAUUCUGGCCCAACUGGCAUCUCACCAGCAGUGGCGUCGCUCACCGCUUUAUCCCGCCCGUGCCUUUUCCUCCGCCUACUGUGCAGGUGAGAGGACCUUAGGCUCUAGGCCAAGAGGAAACCGGGGCCCAGACUGAAGGAGGGGCCCAGCGAUCCAAACACCUGCUGAGAGAAAAGGGGACUAGGGACUUAAAUUCCUGUCUGACUGGAGGAGAAGGGUCCCAGAGUCUUGGGUAUGAGAGAAGAGGGGCCAGGGGAGGAAAGGCCUGGGGACUCACUGGAAGAGAUCAGGGAUGGCGGGCCAGAUUCCUGUGUCCUUUCAUUUGAUGUCCCCCACCUUCUCCCCAGUCCACGGUCACGGAGCCCCUGCCCGCAGCCGCAAAGCAGGAUUUGCAUAUCUGGGCUUUCGACGAGGUCAUCAGCAGAUGGGAGACAACCUCGGGCUCAGCUUAUGUGCCCAAGACCCACGGCGGGCCCUAUGCGCAGCCCAAGGCCCCAGAUCUUGUGGACCCCAGGCGAACUGUGGGGAUCAAGGAUUUAGGGGAAAAAGUAAGGCUCUGGGAUGUCCAGAUCCAUGGGAGACAGGGCUGGGGACCGCCCUGGAAUCCCGUGCACCCUCACUUUGGGUCCCCGCGUCACCUUCCCCAGCUCAGACACAGCGGCUGGCGCCUCCCUCUGACCACAAAGUACCAGUGCAGUGAGACUAGGGCGCAGUACAUCGGCUCGCCCGGCCUGGAGCCGCCCUCCACCACCCAUCUCGGUCCCCAGCCCCUGGAGCUUGCAGACCACCACCGCGGGGGCCCUU